AUGCUUAAGGUACAACCUCCUACUACGUUAAGCUCGUUCCAUGAACUUGAUGAUGCGAAUGCGCCAAUAGCGCUGCAUUCAACACCCGGUUCGGAUGAUGCAAUCAUCACCAACCCGCUUGAUGAGAAUCGACAGUUGACCGUUCAGCAAGAAGAAAAUGCUCGGCGCCGUGCACAAAUGGUCACGACCAUUAAGAUCCAGCGUGACUAUGUGUUCACUUCACUUAGUGUGGAGGAACUUCUACGUCAAACGACCGGCCAAACGCUGGCAACUUGGACCAUUGGUCCUGUAACUACUUUUCCUGAGGAAGUGGCAAAGGGACAGACACUUUGCGAGAGGUACCUGGAGUCAUAUCUGACAGCGCAAAGUCAGUACAAGGCACGCCUUGAUCAGCAAGCACGUAGUGCACCGGUUCCACCGAUUAAUAUUAUACCUUUUCUCUUGUAUGCAAGCAAAACGACUGAAGAAGAAGAGGAUGACUUUGUUCGCUGGGUGCACCGCAACGCCUCAGCAGUAUGUACGCUAUGA